AUCCAUAAUUUCACAAAGCGAAUCCAAACCAAAAUCAAAGAUCUUCUACAGCAAAUGGAAGAAGGGCUGAAGACAGCUGAUCCCCAUGACUGCUCUGCUUAUACUGGUUGGACAGGCAUAGCCCUUUUGUACCUGCAGUUGUACCGGGUCACGUGUGACCAGACAUACCUGCUCCGAUCCCUGGAUUAUGUGAAGAGAACACUUCGGAAUCUGAAUGGGCGCAGGGUUACUUUCCUCUGUGGAGAUGCUGGGCCCCUUGCUGUAGGAGCUGUGAUAUAUCAUAAGCUCAAAAGUGAUUAUGAGUCCCAGGAAUGCAUCACAAAACUUUUGCAGCUCCAGAGAGCCGUUGUCUGCCAAGAAUCAGAGCUUCCUGAUGAGCUGCUUUAUGGACGGGCAGGUUACCUGUAUGCCUUACUCUACCUGAACACGGAGAUCGGUCCAGACACCGUGUGUGAGUCAGCUAUUAAAGAGGUAGUUGAUGCUAUUAUUGAAUCGGGUAAGACUUUGUCAAGGGAAGAAAGAAAAACUGAGCGCUGCCCCCUAUUAUAUCAAUGGCACAGGAAGCAAUAUGUUGGAGCCGCCCAUGGCAUGGCUGGAAUUUACUAUAUUUUAAUGCAGCCGGCAGCAAAAGUGGACCAAGAUACCUUGACAGAAAUGGUGAAGCCUAGUAUUGACUAUGUGCGGCACAAAAAAUUUCGGUCUGGGAAUUACCCGUCAUCACUGAGCAAUGAAACAGAUCGGUUGGUGCACUGGUGCCACGGCGCUCCAGGGGUCAUCCACAUGCUUAUGCAGGCAUACAAGGUUUUUAAGGAGGAGAAAUACUUGCGAGAGGCCAUGGAGUGCAGCGAUGUGAUUUGGCAGCGGGGCUUGCUACGAAAGGGCUAUGGGAUCUGCCACGGGACCGCGGGGAACGGCUACUCCUUCCUGUCCCUUUACCACCUCACACAGGAUAAGAAGUACCUCUACCGAGCUUGCAAGUUUGCAGAGUGGUGUCUAGACUAUGGAGCACAUGGUUGCCGCAUUCCUGACAGACCCUAUUCCCUCUUCGAAGGCAUGGCUGGCGCUAUUCACUUUCUCUCUGACAUCCUGGGACCAGAGACAUCACGGUUUCCAGCAUUCGAACUUGGCUCUUCAAAGAGGGAUUAAAAGGUGCAAAAAGACAAUUAAAAACUUGUUUGGACCAAAAGUCACCAGAUUGGUUAGUGCCCGACACAGAAACAAAUGUGAAUCCUGAAAGAGAACAGAAAAGCAGACACCUUCACAGGCCCCCUUUUGUUGCAAAGACCCUUGAAUUAGAGCAUGAGUGACCAAAACCAUCCCGUCAGCAUUUUGUAAUGGUGUCCUCUUACUGGUAUAAAAUAUGACUUCCUCACAUCUAGAUUAUCUGUAGUGUUUGCAUGUUUCCUGGUGUUUGUUGUCUCUAGUUGUAAGCUGUUCUAAACAGAAAGCAAUUAUCUUCUCUUGAACUGAGAGCUGACCAUGCAUAAGUGUUUGACGGCUGCCCUUUUCUGUAUAUAAUGUAUAAAGUGGGGUGCCUUCCAUGUUGAAAAAUGAGGGAACAGCCAGGUGAUUUCUUAUUUAUAUGUCAGAAAGAUCAUCCGGGGCAUAUCCUAUUGAUGACACGUUAUCAACAUUUUCCGUGGGCUCCUUUCAUAUGAGUCCGAGGGAAGAACCCUUCCAAAAACUUAAAAGAAACUGCAGAUCCAGGGGUUGUGCUAGAGUGGUCUGGGGAGCACACAGUUGAAUUCCAGGGACCCGUGUCCCUGAAAUUAAACUUAUUUCAAACAUUUAAUAAGUUUUCACAGCUCCUCUCCGGGUUUUGUGCUAACAUCCGUGUUUUUAAGAAGCCCCUGAGGGUCCAUUGCAGCUCUGUCAGGACUUCCCAGUCUCAGCAGAGGCUUCAGGCUUUGAGUGCAGAGUUCAAGAGGACCCUUGCAGUCCAGGGCAGCUGGUGCCCUGGGAACAGACUCCUCAUGCCAGGGCUGGAGUUCAAGGGAAACCUUUGGAUGGCUGCAUCAUAGGUAGCAAUGACUAAACAUUGGCAGUUCUGGAACAUUUACCCUGGUACAUGUUAUUUUAAAAGACUCCACCUCAAUUUUGGCAGCAGUAUAAAUUAUUGUUGUAAGAACAGUAGAUACAAUUCCAGAUGGGUGAUUAACAGAAAGAUCCUCUGUUGGUCCCGUGUCCCUGAAAUUAAACUUAUUUCAAACUUUUGGUAAGUUAUCAAAGUAGAAAUUUGAGAUUAAUGUGUUUAAUAUUUUUUUUGUCUAUUCUUGGCUGAUAAAAUCAAAAGUACUAGCCCACAUUUAUCAAUGUGAGAAAGUGUUCUAAUCAAGGAAAUUAUGGUAUUAUCUAUCUUAACAUUUUUUAUUUUAUUACAUGGGCAGUAAUUUUGGUUCACACACUUUUAGUAAAUCUACCCUGUAGAUUGUUUUUAGAAGAGUUUCUGUCAUCAUGGUACAAGGACCAAGGACAUCUCACCUUUUAAACUAAGGCAUGUAUCAAAAGACAAGAGAGGACUCUCUAAUGGUCUAGUUCUUAUAUACAGGGAAUUGUCUAAACAUUUACCAGCCCUAGUUUCCACUUCUCUCAUAAAAGAGAGAAUGAAAGUGAAAUAGGAAUGAUAGUUUAGAAGACAUGUGCAUCUCCUUUAUAUGUGCAGUUAUUUAUGGGGCUGGCACCCUAAACUUGUGACCUUCGGUUUCUAGAUGAUGCUGCAAGUCCUUCAUGGCUGACACUCUUGCUCCCAAGUCUUAAUCGUUUCACGUUAAUUGGUGACUUCUAUUAUCUAAAUCCUCACAAGUAUAUUUUAACCGACUUCCCGGGCCUGCUAAUGGGCUCCUCAGGGCAGUCGGCAGUCCAUUAGCCGAAGCAGGAUGCUGUCAUGAAUGAGCUGAGGAAACUGUGUUGCAGGAGACCUCACACGGUAUCCAGUCUUAUACAGACAACACGGUUCCGUUCUCCCCACCCACCUCAUCAAAAGUAAUACAUUACAGAACUGAAUGAGAGCCUGCCUGUCUUUGUUCUCAAGGAAGCCAGCCAGUGAGAGCUGCAUGGACACCCCUGGGGCUCUCAGAAGGGAGUGUCUGGCCUAGUAUUUCUGGCCUGAUUCUGGCCAACUGUCUCUACCCCAGUUGCAGCAAGAGUGACUCUUAGUUAUCUGGGUGUCUCCUGGGUGCAUUCAUUCACAUGCAUAUUUGAAAAGCACUUUAGUCUUUCUGUUUAGCACACUGAGAGAAAGAUAAAACACCUAUGGCUAGAUAAAUGGAAGAGAUUAUAUUUACAAAUUUUUCUGAAGUCAGCUGGGUUGACACCUUCCUACUUACUCACUAGAUAUUAGAAGAUGUGUAGUUGUGUGAUGUCUGUAUUAGCCCACUGCCUCAUGUUUGUUACCUGUAUUGCUGUGUGAUGAUAGUUCCAUCUCUCAGUCCCUGAUGGCAGAGGGAAAAAUGGCAUGUGCUUCUUAGGACAGAGGACUAUAGAAGUCAGAUUUUAGACAGAUUUCAGAACAUCUCACAUUCAAUUAUUGGCUCUGUUUGUAUUCACAACUGUGUUCUCCAAAAUGUGUCUGAAUUUUAAGAAUAUGUACAUGCACAAUACCAUUUUAAAAUCUGAAGGAAAAAAAUUGAUGUCUGCAAAAAGUGUCUGGGGUUCUUUGGUUUUGUUAGUAAAAAGACAGUUUUGUGGUAAUGA